GUCGCCAGAAAUCGCCAUAAACAGCUUCUGUACAAGGUCCUUCAUCGAGAAGUAUGCAGAGAUAUCUGAUGACUAGCCUCUUCCGUUCAUCUCGCUAUGUCGGCUCAGCAAAAUCUAUACCUUGUUCAAUUUUUGUGUCUUGGACGGCUGCUGUUUCUACAGGUCGGCUGUACGCAUCCGUAUCCUGCGAGAACCCUGCUCCCAAUUCAUCGGCUCGGGUGAAGCAGAUUACAGGUCAUCAAAAAUUCGCUCUGAAGAGAUUGCUGGACAAGAUGGAAGGCCAUCUGUCUGAUCCUUUCGAUCCAAGUCAUCAUUAUGCGUCGCAGUUCGAAGAAGACGAAGCGCGAAAGGGGUGGGAUGGGGUUUCAGUUCUUGAAUCAGAGCUGGAGCCAGCUCUCAAAGAUCCGAUUCUCGAGUUUGGGAUGUACAACAAAGUUGACGCGGAGUUGCUUCCUUCGAUCCAGAAAUUGCUCCUGAAGAUGAUGUUGUCAGGAGAAUACGAUGACUUGGUGCUGGUGAAGGAUAAUGAGACCGGAUCAUUGUAAUGACAAAGAGAUGGAAGGUCUUUCAAAAGUAUGCCUACUUUCUUCCAGGUGCGGUUGGUUUCCCUCCAUUUAUUUCCAUUCUUGGGUUAAUUCAAUCAAGUUUGAUGUUGCCAUGUCUGUUGUUUGUAGGUGGUUACCAUCCAUAGUGACACCUUUAAUCUAAUGUUGUACGUUUAUUGCCUUGAGAUAAAUUUUUGUUUUUUAGUGCCUAAUCCAGUAUUUAUGUUUGUUCUCUUUUCAAAGAACAAUUUAGUUAUGGUUGCAUCCAUUCUUAUCCAUAAGAGUGAAACUAUCAUCGAGCUUGAUUGAUGUUCAGGUUUCAUGGUAGUUGGCUUCAAUGUAGUCAAAAUUCCGAUUUUUAUUUUAAAAUCUUACGAUUUUACGAUCUUACCUAUGGGUUCCGAUCCUGAUUUCAUGGUAGUUGGCUCUUCUACAAACUCCACAUUGGUGGAUAUUUGUCAAUUGUUUUUGGCUGCUCCUUCAUCUCUGUCUGUCUCCACCUUUUUGUUGAUGUCUGGUUUAAAAGCCCUUUUCAACAAUUUCAAUGAUCUUCGUUUCUCUUUCCUUUUUCUUCUUUUUGCUGAAACCUCCCCUCUUUUUUGUAUGUAAAGAAGGAAGGAAAGAAUUUUUGCGGAAUUUUUUUUUUCAUGUAAGACCAAUUGUGGUUCUUCUUCUUCUUUUUCCGAUUGUAUAUGUAAAGGAAGAAGGAUAAUUUCAGCAGAAUGAUUUUGGCCCGUAAGAACAGUUAGGGCUCUGAUACAAUGUUGAAAUUUCUGGUAUGUUCUUAUACCAUGUUGGAUUUUUGAUAAUGUAUUUAUGAAUAAGUAGGAAAGCAAGAAUUUCGAGAAGGUUGGGAGAGAGCUAUGGUAGAGAGAAAUGUAACACUAGAAAGCUUCUUUUUUUUUUUUUCUUUCUCAAGGGUUCAUCUCACAAUUGCAUAUUUUUGGUCGGAUCUUUCUCCAUACCUCUCUUUGGUGGGAGAUUUUCUCCACACACAUAUUCAAUACAACCAUGGCCUUUUGUAUCCAUUGUACAUGAAAAUAUCUAGAUUUUAGUAGUUGUAUCACAAUGUAUUUGUGGUGAUCAUUUCUCACCAUGCACCUAUUAAAUUGAUAUAACAAAGAAUAAACUGACAAUGUCUAA